AUGGCUACCGUUAUAGCCAUUGAUCUGUCUGUUUCCAUGCUCAGAGACAUUAAAAUCAAAGAUACCAAAGAGUCAUUUACGCUGCUACAGUUGGCCACACACGGUGUCAAUGUUCUUUUGGACUAUUUAGCUGUACACUCCAAACUAGAGUUUGUGGCUGUUGUUACAUUUUCAUCCACUUGUGAUGUACUGUGUUCAUUUACCCGUGAUUAUGACUUAAUUAAAGCAAAAAUAACACAGUUGGAGUUCAGAACUAACACAUGUUAUCCACCUGUAAUACAGACUAUUAAUUAUUUAGUCCAUAGUGAGUGGUCUAACUCGGUAACCUGUCAAGUUAUUAUGAUUACUGAUGGUAACUGUUAUGAAGGUCUUCGGAAACCAGACAUGACUCCAUUUCUGUUUCCUGGAAAAUUAAUAGUUGUUCCCCUGGAACAAGUGUCAUCGCUUUACAAAAAUAAUUAUGACUCAAAUAAACUUCCAAAUGGUCUUGGAUAUAUAACUUCACCUGAAUUGCCUUUAACUCCAUCAUCUGUUGCAAAAGUGUUUGAAAAAAUUGCUAAAGAAACAUAUGUACCUUAUAGUGCAGUGUUACGGUGUGGUAAUUUAAAGUCAGAUAUUCAAUUGAUUCCCCCUCCUAUGUCUUAUACAAAAGCUGCAGAUUUCGAAAUAAUGACUUGUUGCAUUUCAAGUGAACUAAAUAUAAUUGGAUUUCUGGAGUCUUCAAAAGUAGAAUGCCCAGCAACUUUAUCACGUCAUCUUGUUUUACCUCAACGCAUUUUAGAUGAAUGCUCAGAGACUAAUGAAGCAUUUGCAAAAACUCCAUCUUUUUGUGUGUUAUUACACGGAGCUUUAAAAGUUGAAAACAUGACAGCUGUUUGUCAGUUAAGCUCUAAUUGGUAUGGUUUAUUGGUUAGUUGGGCAGACAAUAAAAAAAAAUCAAAUUUAAUGUUAAUUAUUCUUGAACCUGGUACAAAUGCUAUUCCUUGGUUAGGCGAUAUUCGAAAUCUUACAUUAUCACCAACCGAAUUAAACAAAUCAGAUGUAGAUGAAACACAACCAAGUAAAACUCCUGAUAAACGUAGUUAUAACCAGUCACAAUUGGUGUGGAUCAAAGAAGCUGGUCUUCAAGCAGAUAUUCAAAAAAUUUUAAGACAAGCAAGAAAAAUGCCAGAUAAAAUUCCAAGCUUUUAUAAGGAAUUAAAUCGAAUUCGAAAAGCUGCAAUCGCCUACAGCUUCAAUGACUUAUUAACCAGUAUUGCUGACUUAUUGGAACUAGAAUGCAGCAAUUUACCCGGUGGUACUCAUCCAGAUUGUGCACUACAAUUAACCCAUGCUGCUAUAGAAUUGCGAAAACCUCUUGCUAUGGAUCCCAAACUCACAAUCGUUCCUAUGACAACAAAAUAUGCUCAGCACGACCUUAUGUGA